AUGGGCAGUGAUGGAAAACGGAAGAAACGAGGCCGCAAAUCUAAAACCCAAACAACCCUAGAUCCCACGACACCCACCUUAAACGACGAGGUUUUCUCCGUCAACAAUGUCGAAAUUGUGAAUUCCACCACCCCAACCAGCGCCAAUCACCUCGAAAACCGCCGCGGCCGCCCUAAGAAGCGACCAAAGCACUCACCAGAGAAGCCCCCGCCAUUAACUAAUGGGGAGAUUGGGGUUGCGACACCGGUGGAAGGCGUGGCGAGGGUGUUGCCGGCGAUGGAUGCGGUGGUAAAGGUGUUUUGUGUGCAUACGGAGCCGAAUUUCUCGCUUCCGUGGCAGAGGAAGAGGCAGUAUAGUUCGAGUAGUAGUGGGUUUGUUAUUCGAGGGAGGAGGGUUUUGACUAAUGCGCAUUCUGUGGAGCAUUAUACACAGGUUAAGCUUAAGAAGCGUGGCUCUGAUACUAAGUAUUUGGCUACUGUUCUUGCUAUCGGAACCGAAUGUGAUAUUGCCUUGCUAACAGUCAACGAUGAUGAGUUCUGGGAAGGGGUAUCACCUGUUGAGUUUGGAGAAUUGCCUGCUCUUCAAGAUGCUGUAACUGUCGUUGGUUACCCAAUCGGAGGGGACACAAUUUCUGUGACAAGUGGUGUUGUAUCACGGAUAGAGAUCCUAUCUUAUGUCCAUGGAUCCACAGAGCUUUUGGGUUUGCAAAUAGAUGCUGCUAUAAACUCAGGAAAUUCUGGUGGUCCUGCCUUUAAUGAUAAAGGUGAAUGUGUGGGCAUUGCGUUUCAGUCCCUUAAACAUGAAGAUGCUGAGAAUAUAGGGUAUGUUAUACCAACACCGGUCAUCAAGCACUUCAUCCAAGAUUAUGAGAAGAAUGGAGCCUACACAGGAUUUCCAUUUCUUGGGAUUGAAUGGCAGAAGAUGGAAAAUCCAGAUUUGCGUAUGGCAAUGGGUAUGAAACCUGAUCAGAAGGGUGUUCGUAUCAGAAGAGUUGAUCCCACUGCUCUAGAAUCUGAAGUCUUGCAGCCAUCAGACAUUAUUCUCAGCUUUGAUGGGGUAGAUAUUGCUAAUGAUGGAACAGUUCCCUUUCGGCAUGGUGAGCGCAUUGGCUUCAGCUAUCUUAUCUCUCAAAAGUAUACCGGGGAUAAUGCAGCGAUCAAAGUUCUUCGGAAUUCUAAGACUCUAGAAUUUGUCAUCAAACUCUCAACUCAAAGAAGGCUAAUUCCUCCACAUGUGAAGGGAAAACCUCCAUCCUAUUAUAUCAUUGCAGGAUUUGUAUUCACGACAGUUUCUGUUCCUUAUCUUCGUUCUGAGUAUGGCAAAGAAUAUGAAUUUGAAGCUCCUGUCAAACUCUUGGACAAACUUUUGCAUUCAAUGCCACAAUCCCCAGAUGAGCAGAUGGUUGUGGUUUCUCAGGUGCUUGUGGCUGACAUUAAUAUUGGGUAUGAGGACAUCGUUAACACUCAGGUUCUUGCUUUCAAUGGUAAGCCAGUGAAGAAUUUGAAGAGCUUGGCCAACAUGGUCGAGAAUUGUGACGACGAGUUUCUGAAAUUUGAUCUAGAAUAUGACCAGAUAGUUGUUCUCCGGAUGAAGACUGCUAAGGAAGCUACUGUAGAUAUUCUUACCACACACUGCAUACCUUCUGCAAUUUCUGAUGAUCUUAAGCCAUGAAUUUGGGUCUUAGUCUAGGUACAUUGCAAUAUUCUUGUUGGGGCCCAGCUACUCCCCUUUCUUUACCUUCAUUAAGAUGGGGUGGGUUGGGGUUGUGGUAGGGGAUAAUUUAUAAAAUUGAGGGUGGACUUGUUAGUUUUUACUUUCUUAGAUGCAACUUUCCUAUAUGGUGUUGAGGGUUGAGAAUCUUUUUAGCAAGCAUAAUGAGGAAAACUUGCAGUGUGUAUUAUUGGCAGCUGUGUUCUUUCCUUUACCUGAUACAAGUUUUGGAGAAUCUUGUCAGGGUGACAGGGUCUGUUUCGUUUCAUUGUUUUUCUGCUGCUGUACUAUCAGCAAGAGUAUUUAACUUAUGAAUGUUGAAAUUCCUAUGUAUUGAGAAUUUGCAAAUUGAUAAACCCGGCGGGUGAAUUUUCUA